UCACGACAAAGACAAAGACUCCCACGUUAGUCGUUUUUCCUCACUACAAACCAAAAAUACUCGACGCCAAUAUAAACUCUUCUUCCUCUUCUUCGUCUCUCAACUACUCAUCGUUCAAUUCCUUCUCCAUACACACAGACACACCUAAAUUUGCAGCCGAUGAGGACGCUGUGCCCGAAUCUCGUGAGAGACGACGUGCUUGAGACGGUGCUGGAGGUGCCCGUCCCCGAAGAAAUAUUCGUCUCCGGCAAGCACAAGUCAUGGCGGAGCAUCAAGUCUUGGCUCACGAGGCCGCACAUCGAGAAGGGUUCCGUUUCGGCUGGGCGUGACGUCGAGAUUCAGUUCUUGCUCGGAGUGAUUGGAGCCCCUUUGAUCCCUCUUCCCGUCCGAUGUGAUCGGACCGUUAAUGAUCACAACAUCAAAGGCCAUCCCAUUGAGAGUUCAAUGGCCAAAUACAUCGUGCAACAGUACAUAGCAGCUUCCGGAGGAGAGCACGCUUUGAACUCUAUCGACAGCAUGUGCGCAAUGGGGAAGGUGAGAAUGGCAGCAUCAGAGUUCGUGGCUGGAGACAACUUGAGUCUCAGCAAUAACACUAAGUUGAGAACGAGAAAACACGGCCGGCCGGGGGAAUUAGGAGGAUUCGUGCUGUGGCAGAAGAGCCCUGAUAUGUGGAAUUUGGAGCUGAUGGUUUCAGGUUGUAAAAUGAGUGCCGGCAGUAAUGGUAAAGUGGCUUGGCGACAAACUCCAUGGCAGCAUUCUCAUGCAUCUCGGGGUCCGCCAAGGCCUCUUCGUCGAUCCUUGCAGGGGCUCGAUCCAAAGUCGACAGCCAACUUAUUUUGCAACUCCGUUUGCAUUGGCGAGAAGACAGUCAACGACGAAGACUGCUUCGUGCUAAAGCUCGAGGCCAAUCCCUCCACCCUGAGGGCAAGAAGCAGCAGCAACGUGGAGAUAAUAAGGCACACUAUCUGCGGCUGUUUCAGCCAAAGAACAGGCCUACUAAUCCAACUAGAAGACUCCCACUUGCUGAGAAUAAAGUCGCCUGGAGGAAACGUCUUGUGGGAGACGACGAUGGAGUCGUCUAUUCAAGACUACAGAACGAUAAACGGUGUUAACAUCGCUCAUGCAGGAACGACCACCGUCUCGUUGUUUAGGUUUGGGGAGAAUUCAAAAACGUUCGAUACAAGAUCAAGAAUGGAAGAGGAGUGGAGUGUUGAGGAAGUGGACUUCAACAUCAAAGGGCUCUCGAGAGAGUUUUUCUUGCCUCCGGCCGACUUGAGGAAGGAAGACGAAGAAUGCGGUGUGGUUGCUAAUGGUGGGGUUGUGAAGAGUGGGGGGCUGCGGCACAAGAUUUCCGGCAAUUCUUGCAGGAUUAGUUCUGCAAAAGUGGUAGCUAUUGAUGAAGAAAGCUUGGAACUCUUUGAGACAUAUGAAGAGUUGUAGAUUUAGAAUUGUGGGGUAAAUUACAACGGCGUCUUCCAAAAUUUGGCGUAAUUACAAAUAUCCUUUAUUUUUUGAAAAUUUUUUAGUCAAUUUGUACAUAGAGCAUCUGGCUUGUGUUGGUGAAGCCAAGGAUGGGAUUACAUAUAUAUUUAUAUAUAGUUACUUAGUGAGGCUACUUUUUAGUUGGCCAUUGUUGUGGAGGAUCAAAUAUCCCAAGGAUGUUUAUAUACAAUUGGGAUUGUCCGAUAUACACAUGUAUAAAUAAUAUAAUGAACU